AUGGACUGCAACGAUGAAUUCUACGACGAGAUCCAACCGGUGAUUCCGCGGCCAAACCAGAUGAAAGUCCUCGUUCUAGGAUUGCCGCGGACGGGCGAGGACUUUGAUCGUAUCCUUUGGAACUACGAUGCUGUCACGGACGACCCAUGCUGCCUAUUUAUCGAAGAACUCAUCGACGCAUAUCCUGAGGCGAAAGUCAUUCUCACCCUAGGAAAGCCGGCGUCGUAG